AUGGCUAUCAAACGCGCGACCGGCUGGCAGAAGCUGCCCGUUACACUAGCAGAGCUUUGCAUUGACACCACUCUGCGAUGCGGUCAAUCAUUCAGGUGGCGCAAAAUCAACGACGAAUGGACUUGUGCGCUUCACGGUCGCAUUUUGUCCCUGAAGCAAGACCCCCAACAUGUUCACUACAAGACAACUUGGCCAAGCCUGCGAACAGGGCUUUCUGCAUCCCCCUCCUCAAUUGAAAAGGAUGACACAGAAGAUCUCCUGAAGCACUACUUCAGUCUACGGCUUAAUCUCGCCGAACUGUACGAACAAUGGUCAAUGGCAGAUCCCAACUUCGCUAAGAGAGCUCCUGAAUUUGCAGGAGUUCGCAUCUUGAGUCAGGAUGCAUGGGAGGCCCUGGUAGGCUUUAUUUGCAGUAGCAAUAAUAACAUAGCUCGAAUUUCUCAAAUGGUUCACAAACUGUGUAUACAUUAUGGGCCACUCAUUGGACAUGUUGGAGACGAACCGAUUCACGAUUUUCCAACCCCAGAAGCUCUUUCGGGUGAUAAAGUUGAAAGUCAUUUACGAGAGUUGGGCUUUGGGUAUCGCGCAAAAUAUAUCGCCCAGACUGCUCGUGUCAUCGCAACAGAGAAGCCUACGGGAUGGCUUGAAACAUUACGAAACCCAGAAUCUGCUAUGCAGCCAAUUGUCAAGGUUGAGUCCGAUUCAAUUCCCACUUACAAAGCAGCCCACGAAGAACUGCUUGCUUUGACUGGUGUUGGGCCCAAAGUAGCAGACUGCGUUUGCCUCAUGGGACUCGGCUGGGGAGAGUCUGUCCCUGUCGACACUCACGUUUGGCAGAUUGCACAGCGCGACUACAAGAUGGGCAAGACAAAGACAAAAACCUUUAAUAAAGUCAUGUACGAUGCAGUUGGUGACCAUUUUAGGAGUAUUUGGGGAAGUUACGCUGGCUGGGCUCAUUCCGUCUUAUUUACUGCUGACCUAAAAUCUUUCGCUGAUCGACCACCAAAACAAGAACCGCUGUCCGAUGGUCGAGCAUCGAUUAUGAAGGAAGAGUCCGGUAAAAUUUCCAAGAAACGACUCAAGACGGAUAUUGCCAUUGAGGUGAAGCCAGAGCAGGUUGAUGCCGUUGUGGUGGACAUGGAGUUACCCGCUAAGAGAAGACGGACACGGCGCCAGCUAUGA